AUGAGCAAUUCGUGGAUAAACUACGUGUACAAACAGUUCACUGGAGAAGAAGACAAUGAAUGCGCAACCAGCUCAUUGGAUGUCCUUUCUAAAGCCAAUAUUUGGUUCACAGAUCUUCCAACAAAUAACUUAGAUCCGAUUGAGGAAUCAUUCGGGGCGCGCAAGAUGACUAAAAAGGUAGGUGCCUAACUUACACUUCUUUUCUUUUAAUACAUUAUUUGAAGACUGUUUAGAGAUGAGGAGACUGAUGGGACAAUAUGCCAUUCAGUUUUUAAGUUUAGGACUUUGCCUUUUUCUUUCUUUCUUACUUUUGUACUCAAUUUUGAGAUGAAUCAAGCGCGCGGAAAUGCCCUUCAACUACGACGCACCGAUUUAGUUUUCUUUUGAACAACGUUAUUGAAGGAAAAAGUUGAAAAAAUUUUUCCCAUCUAUAACAAGUAAACAAAACAGGCUCUAAAGACUAGUUUGGUGAUCAUUUUGUUAUAAAGAGUAUUUAACCGUUUAACAAAUCAGACUAAAUUAUAGCUGAUUUUGCAACACACCAAACUAUGUACAUCCUUGUUCUUUGAAAACUAAAAUUUCAUUUAUUGUGUAUUAUGCGCCUUUGCGGAGUUCUCAUGGUCGGCAUAUGUAUAUGUUCUCAUUGGCUCCAUAUGUAAUGUUUUUGCCGAAGACAAAAAAACAGUGACACAAAAAAAUACUCGGAGUGCUUCUCUAAACUAGGGAUUUCAUUAAGCUGGGAUAUGUGAAGAACUGUCUACUGGAUGGCUGCUUACUUUGGUUUAGCGUUUAAUACAAGAGAAAGAUUAAAAGUUGUUAUUACCCGGUGUUACCAAUUUCCAAACACAAUGUUUUGUAUGUAAAAAGUCAAAUGUACUUAAUCUUAUUGAACUAGGGUAAGAAGGAGAAAGAAUUGGAGGAGAAGGUGGCAGUCCUUGAACAACAAUACCUAGGUAAGAUAUCUAUUUUUUCCAACUUUAAUCCAGGCUGGUGGUAAGUGCGGACCAACGCAAUAGUGAGUGGGCGAAGAAAACGCUGGAAACAGCAGAGAUUGUUCCUCAUAUUUCUUAGCGUAACUCUCGCCGUUUUUUGAUAACUCCCCCCUUCGACCUUUUUGCCUCCACUGACUGAGAACUCAUUAAAGGUGAUUGCUCUCAACAAAGUGGAUAAUCAUUCAAUAUGCAGGCCUUUGUCUGUUUUUGUCGUCAAAUCCGCGAAAAAAGAAAAUAAAGUGGUGAGGGUGUAUAACUAUAGAUUAUUUGAAAGCUUAGUCACUUGCCGACUGAAAUACAUCAAGGUAUUCGUGAAUGAUGUGCUGGUUAUAUUGAAACAACUGAUCUGUCAUUAAAUAAGACUGACCGAGUCACUGACUGACCGACUGACCAAGUGACUGACUGAGUAACUGCCUGACUGACCGAGUCACUGCCUGACUGACUGACCAAGUGAUUGAGUUACUGAAUGACUGACCGAGUGACUGACCGAUCGACUUACUGACUGACUGACUGACUGACCAACCAACAUAUGGUUUGACUUAUCGACCGGAUGACUGAAGAAAGGACCAUGCUUAUUGAGUGUCUGUUUGUCUGUCUGUCUGUCUGUCUGUCUGUCUUUCUGUCCGUCUGUCUGUCUGUCUAUUCAGCUGUGAUCCCCGAUUGGUAUGACAUGUGAGACGUCAGAGCUUAGUCAGUUGACUAUUGGCUCGUUGCUUAUACUGACCAUCUAACUUUCUAAAGCAUAUCAGAGCACCAUUCCCUGAAUUCGGUUUGCUUUAGACAAUCUAAGACAAUCGUACUUUCAGAGGAUAUUUGAGACAAAAAAUGCGGUUAUUCACCACUGAGCUAAGCUUUUAUAACUACAUUAGAGAGAGAGAAAGAACUCCUAAAAAGGAACUCUGCCUUGGAAAAUCAACUGAAAGAAUCACGUGACAAAAUGGACGAUCUACGCAUUCAGUAUGAAAAAGAAAACGAGUCUCUCCAGACUGAAAUUAAAGACUUGAAGUACACUCUCGGUAUGAGAGAAAAGUGUCAUACAAGACAAAAAGAUCUCUUCAAAAAGAUGGCAGCUAAUGCCCAGAGUGAACUGGAGAAAGCUCGGACGGUCAUUUCAAAUCUCUCUGAAGGGAUAAAGGCCUGUGAAGGUAAGUCUUAUGCAUAAGGUAAACUAUUUAUUCAUUUUUUUUUUUUUUCAAUAUAGAACUGAUCAUAAAACGUGCUUAUGAACUAAAUAUUGUUGCGUUAAAUCAAAAUUUUUGUAGAUAAGCACAGAAAAGCAAAAAAAAAAACGUUAGAAACGAGCAAACAACAACCUGUAAAAAGAUAUUUAAUACUUCCCCGGCAUAAUAUGUAAUAAUUCACAACGUAGAUACAUGAGAAAAUGGCUUGGAUACAGUCGGUGCCACCCCUCCCUGAUCUUCCCACAAACAAUUACGAGCCAAUUGAUUCCUCAAUCGGUUCUAAAUUGUUUGUGGGAAGAUCGGUGACCCACACGUUGGCUUUAGAAAGGACAUCCAAUGAACCGAAUGCUCGUUCACUUCUUUUACAAGCACAUUACAGGCGAAGAAGACAAUUUUUCCUCUUCUCCAGUAAUCUGUUUUUACCAGAAGUUUAUAACUCUACCUGAUUUUUAUGGUAUCCACAUAGUACUCAUGUUUACACCCGUAGCUAUAAUCGUUUCAUUCGAAAUCGCAAAUCUUUCCAGUCUGAGCAGUUAUAGUUACGCGCGGUAAACAGAUGGCGUCGUCACGGUGUCGUAACAUGAUUAUUUAAUCACAUCAUGAGGACAAUCGAGAAACCUGGCUGGCAGCCAUGAAGUUUGCAUCCCAGAAUUCAAUUUGCUUGACUUAAACUUUACCUAAACAAAAUCAUAUUUUAAAAAUAUCAUUCUUGAAAGCCAUCUCUGAGUUAAAUUAUUUACGUUUUAAAUAAAAUGAUCAAAACGAUGGCGAACACCCAGCACCCCUUUGACAAUCCUUGUCCAAGGAAUGAAGCUGUUUGCGUCUAUUUUGUGAACGUUUACAUUUGGAAGAUUGUUUGAGAAUGUGCAAAGAAGAAGAGGAAGCGAAGGAGUCAAUAAAAUGGAAAUAUAGAAAUGCAAUUGAUCUCUGAUGAGCUAAGCCUUUACAAUCACCAGAAACCGAGAUAAAGAAUUAUUAUAAAUGAUCAACUCUUCCCUGCGUGGUCAACAAAAGAAGAUUUCAUUAAGCUGAAAGAGAAAAUAAAAAGUGAUUGAACAUACUGAAGAAAUCUUCAUUCGACGUCAAAUCUUUCUCUGUUGGACUUGGCUUUCAUUGGGGGGAGAUGUGGUUUAUUUUUGGCAAUACGAAAUUAAUCAAGUAUACGAUUUUAUGAAAACUCGAAGGAUGUGGCUGAAAACAAUCUGAGAUAUUUCAACAUGAGCGACGUUUGUAUUUUCUCUGAGGAGCUUUUAAAUUCUGUGCCUGACUACUAGUAAUAAUUAAAUGUCUUGCUUACUGAAUGGCAUCGUAAUAUUCCCGUAUUUUGUGUUCAUUUCAGCGACUCUUUCUGUAUCAAAGGAGACAAUCGGUGAGAAAGAUCAAAAAAUUCAACAGCUUACAUCUCGGCUAAACAAAUAUGAAGAUCUCCUUAAAAAAUUAACGGUUGAUACGAGAAAUUAUCACAAGAGCCUGCAGAAAGCUGCAGACGAUGUUGACAAAAUCAGUGAAAGACUGGAGGUUUCUCUAGGUAUGUGUAACAUAGCGGGUUAAUAUUUGGCAACACAAAAUUAAGCAAAACACAAUUUUUAACAAAGGUAGCUGGUAAUUUAUUUUGUUGCGUCCAUCAAAAAAAAAAAAAAAAAAAAAGAAAGAAAACCCAGACAAACAGAAUUGUUAACCAAGAACACUUGCCCUGAGAAGCAAAUUGCUGAAACGGAAGAAGUCGUUUUUUCCAUGUUAACUAUAUGGUCCUCAUGGCGGUGGCUGAUGCCGAAGAAAAAAAAUGUAGGAAUUCGCUUUUUACCAGUUGAAAAAGCGUUUUCUGUUCGUUAAGUUUGAUUUAUUUGUUUUAUUGCCAUUUUCAGCCGUUAAGAAGAAACUGUUGAGGAAAAACAGAUGCCUCGAGGAAAAAGUUGUCAUUAUGGAAGAAACAAUGACUAAUGCCGAAGCAAAAGUGAAGGAAUUGUCAGGUGACUUUUUGUUUUCGUUUUUAGUACUUCCUGAAGUAAUUUAAACUGUCUGUUUUGAUGACAUUUUUCAGACGAUAAGUCCGAAUUAUAAACGAAGAACGCUUGCCUUGAGGACCAAAUUGCUGAAAUGGAAGAGACCGUUUCUUCCUUGUUAACAGUUUUGUCCUCAAGGCGGUGGCUAAUACCGAAGCAAACAUGGACGAAUUGUUUGGUGACAAUUUAUUUCACUCUUUACUACUUGAAAGAGUGUCUUCUGUUCUUGAAGUUUGAAUGAUUUAUUUUCUUUCUCUUUGCAGAAGUCAACUCUAAGUUGUUUGAGAAGAUCAGUUUCCUUCAGGAUGAGGACAAAAAGAUGCAAUUUGAUCUUCAAGAAAGAAGAAACAAGGAGAGGCUAAACGACAAAAUGGGUAUGAUGAACCAUUUAAAGGAAGAUCUGAAAACAAAACGUACUGAUGUGACAGUAGAAAUACUAGGUUCGUGAAGCGAUCUUAUGAAUAGAUAAACGUAGCAUAACUUCAUUAAUGAGACAUGAGAUAUUUUCCGCGUGCGAUUGGCAUAACGCGACCGAGUCAAAGUGAUGAAUAUCUAUUGUUAUAAUAAAGUUUGGAUAUAACGCGCGCUGUCAUUGGUUGAAAGAGCGUGCUCUAUGAGAGUAUAGAGCAUAGAGCUGAGCUAAAGCUGUCAUGCCAUCUGCCAAAUUGUACUAUGUUCGAGCUUUUCCGGGACUUCUUUUUAGCUUUUUUCCGAUAAUUGAAAGUGAAAUUUCAGAACUGAAGCGAGCCGGCAAGUAGCAACAGAAGAAUCAAACAAAGGUUUGUAAACAUACCAGGCGCCGUAAUUUACGUUAUUAAAACGUGAGCAGAUACGAAAAUCCUCAAAGGAAAAACAAAAUUAACAUUCCGAGUUUUAAAGAUUUUCACGCUCAGUUAGAUUGCAAGCUUACGUACGGUAAUAAAAAUCAAACACAGCUAACACUCGUAUAGUAUAUAAAGUUCAGUGUUCAAAAACAAAACAGAACCAAACAGAAAUGAUGAAAAAUAUAACCAAACUGGCAUAAUUGUUAAAAUUCAUACUAAUCAUGACGGUGUCUGAGCGAAUAUGAUCAUUCUGAAUUUCAUCGCGGCUUGCGCAUCAUGGCGAUCUCCUGUCAUCACAGUAAAGCAAGCCUCAGAAACUACAUCGGCCACCCUUCGAGUGAAAAAAUAAGAGCUUGCUCUGAUAUUCUUUCCGAUACGUUGAGUGGCAAUUCACAUCAGUCACUACGGCCGAGUUUUGCGGCGCUAUCAUCACGAGCGAUCUUCAUGUUCCGGUUAAUUCGGCUGUCGUUCAUUCAAAAAACAUUCGCCUUGAACAGUUUGUUUUCUACCUUCUCAUGUGAAAAAAAUCGCGUGUUUUUGUGAGCCAUAAUUCGGCUGAAGUUCACUGAACAUUUCACUUCAAGAUUCUGUCUUAGAGACUUAAAAACUUCAGGCAAAAGUGUUAAAUUCGACUUGCCGAACUAUUUUAGUUUGUAAACUAUCGUGGAAUGUGAACUUUGAUGGUUUUUGAACUUUGAUGGUUUGACACUUUUGACAGCUUUAGUCUUGAACAGCCAAUCAGAUUAUUUUAACCAUUCUAACAAGGAUUCUGAUUGGCUUAUUGUAGCGUGCUUUAUGAGAGUAUAGAGCAUGCUGACGACAUUGUUGUUCGCUUUGGAAAUAAAGGUUGUUUUGAAAAUUAAAAGUAAUGCUUGGGUAAUUUAACGGACUCUUUAUUAUAAAACAAAUAGAGAAGCCUUGACUGUGCUCUGUUCUGUUAUAAAGCACUUAGGAAGCGGCUAGAGCACUCAAGAAGUGGGAAGAAACACUCGACUACGUCUCGUGUUUCUCCCUACACUUCUUUCGUGCUCUAGCCGCUUCCUGCGUGCUUUAUAACAGAACAGAGCACAGUCAAGGCUUCUCUAUUUGUUAAGUAUUACGAGGGGGUGGUACCAAAUUUUAAGAGAACGUCCAGUGCAAUGAAGGUCGUUCUAUAACUGUUGAUUCAAUCAGAACGUUUUUGUCCUUGACACUAAUAAGGGGAUGAGCUUAUUUGUUGACAAAAUUGCUUUAAAAUUUCAACCCCCGUUUUAUAAAGUGAGCUGUUGGUAAACCCUUUGUGUCGUGCAUUUCAAAAAUAUAUUGAAGAAUAAUAAACGAGAAAGUCUCUAUUAGGCUUAAAAAUAUAAAGGUUUAUUUUUCCUUUCAGUGACAAUAUCUAAAACUCACAGUCUCCCUCAAAAUUUGCUUCUAGCCUGAAUAUUUUCCCUUUGUAAUGGAUGAUAUCCGUGAACUAAUAUUCUGGUGCAUUUUCGCACCAAAUAGAGGAUGAGAUUUAUAGUGGAGCUCGCAGAGCGUAGCCCCAUAAUUAUACAAAAUAGCAGUAAUCCAUCAAGCUGAAAAAAUUUGGAUGUACGACCGUACGACCGUACAACCUUACGACCGUACGACCAUAGAAGGUGCUAAUUUUAGCAUGCGUGGUCAACUGUACCGUGGGCACGCCAACACCACGGCUUUGUUCAGUAGUCCAGUGGUCAGUGCACUGGGCUCCGAGUCGGACGACCCGGGUUUUAGUCCUGGCCGAGGCAAGGCGUUGUGCCCCUGAGACGUGCGGGAAAAAAAAAUGCGAGCUUCGCUUUUAGGCUUGGCUAAAUCUAUAUAUUAUAAUUCAUAAACUGGUACGCGUGGAACAGACUCCGAUGAACAUAUGGGCAUAUUCGAUGUUGGAAGGGAAGUUGUUGCAUACGAUGUCUGUCAAAACUUAAAGAAGGGGUUUGUGUCGGAAAUAUAUCCAAGUUUUAAUGCGUUCAAUUUUUUUUUCUCUAGCCGGUGUCUACGACGACCUGCAACCUACAGAGCUCAAUGUGAAAAGCGGGGACUGUUUUCUCCCAGAACAGAAAAGUACUGUGCUUAUAAAAGAGACAGAAACGCCUAAAGGCGAUGAAGCAAAUGUAAAGAAGACAGUAAAAGAUGUUGAUAAUUUAACAUUUUGUUGUAAUUGUAGUAACUUGUACUUUAGUUAUUACGUAAGAUAUCACUGACGCCUCUAAUCUCUUGUGGGGAGGGGGGGAGGGAGUGGGAUGAAAAUGUUGUCAGCAUAGACUAGCCAAGUAUUUAUCGAGUAAAAAUGUUACAGGAUUAUUUCAUUUCUCGUCAUUUCAGUCAAAGAGAACAGCGAGCCUCGCCCGUCAAUGUUAUCAUCUGCAGCCAGAGUCUCAACGAGUGGAACUUUAGUGCAGGACACUUGUCUGAGAAAAAGGCAUAGAAGUGAUCAAAACAAGGGAUUCAGUUGCGACAGCAAAACAGCUGAUCCGUUGUCCAUGCCUACCGCAGGUAAGAGCAGUGAAACACAUUACCAAAAAAUAAACGAAGAAACAAAGCAAAUAGGAAACGGGUUUUGUAAAAAUCUACUAAUCUCAUUGGCGUCUCUUUCAGACAAAGGUGGCCCCAUCAGGCACCAUCAAUCACCCCUCCGUCCCACAUAUGCACGACUAUCUACAUCUGAAGUAGGCCGAGCUAAAAAGGAUGACGACUGGCUGGUUAGGAACCAAGGAAACUUUCUACCUUUCUCCCAAAAGUGUAAGUGA